AGUCCCUUCGUUCCGCAAUAUGCCCAAUAUAAGUUUCCUUGAAUUUUGAGUUUUUGUAAUCCGCCUUGCCUCCUCAAAUCAUCAAUGGCUGAUGAMCAAGAUAUCGGACUUUCGGUAGACUUAAAAGCGAAACUUCACAUUGAAAAAGUCCGUGAUCCCCGGCCGUCAAAGUGGCUAAUUGUCCUUAAAUGGCUGUUUGGAAUAUUCCUCUCGUUCAUGGUCCUAACKAGUGUUAUUGCCAGCAAGCUGUCGUUGUUAUCUAUUGGUACUUUCUACAACAGCACUCGCAGUGGCUGCACUAAUAAYUCUGAUGUUGAUCACUCCAAAGAAACAACGUUUAUAAUGAUGGUAUUGAUUCUAAUGAUUCCUCAGUUUAUGUCACUACUACGAGCUGGUUGGGAAAGCUUGGGCAGUGAAAUUCAUCCAUGGCCAACAAACUCAGCAAAACUCUGGGCUGUAUUCGCUGCGCUGCUUGAGGUGAUUGGAUUGUCAUUCUUUAUUGUUGUUGUGGUCCUCAAAACAACUUUGUCAGCRGCCCACUGYGUGGUGAUUAUGAACUGCGUUUUUCUAUUCCCCAUAAUCUGUCAAGUCUUCAGAAUCAAAACACUUUUCAGAACYAGUAAAAUACCAGGKUUGCUUCUUGUUGCGUCUCUCAUCCUGGAAAUAGUUGGGAUUGUUUUGCUCUCCUAUGAUGUCAUUACAAAAAAGAGCAUCAAUAUUCAGGAAGCUGUUGGAAUUCCAAUUUCUCUUCUUUUCGUGUCUUUAGCUUGGAGUAACAAAAUGCAAAGACUUCAGAUUGAGCCAACUGUUAAGGAA